AGUUGGGAAUAGAAAUCAAUCCUUCGACAAAGAAGAAAAACCUGCUAGACAACUUCUGCUGCAACAGAGAUCAUGGAACAUACCGAAGUGAUGGUGCCAGAAACCCUGGAUGACCUGAUAAAAACUCUCCACAAGGUCUUCGAGAGUGACAACGUCAAUGUGGAAGAGGUGCAAAAUAUCAUGGAAUCAUAUGUGAGCAAACCCCACGAGUGGAAGAAAUACGGAAAGUUCGACCAGUUCAGAUACACAAGGAACCUGGUUGAUGAAGGCAAUGGGAAGUUCAACCUCAUAGUCCUGUGUUGGGGAGAAGGGCACGGCAGCAGUAUCCAUGACCACACAAACUCACACUGCUUCAUGAAGAUGCUGCAGGGUCAACUCAAAGAGACUCUGUUUGAGUGGCCCGAAGCAAAAUCCCAUGGCAAUAUGGUCCAGAAGUCAGAGAGGAUUCUGGAGGAGAACAAAGUGGCUUACAUUAAUGACUCCAUUGGCCUGCAUCGUGUUGAGAAUGUCAGCCACACUGAGGGAGCAGUCAGCUUGCACCUGUACAGCCCUCCAUUCCAACUCUGCCAGACCUUUGACCAGCGGACUGGACACAAGAACACGGUUAAGAUGACCUUUUGGAGCAAAUACGGCGAGAGGACUCCAUUUGAAACCACAGUGUCACAAGAAAACAACUAAUGGUGACCAAAGGAGGCUCCAGAUUAUGAUUGACAUUUGCAUUUAAUGUUGGGAAACUAAUCAGGGGGAAACUGCUGGGGAGGCGAAAUGUGGAUGUACUAUGACUAAGCAACCCAUUUAAAAUCAGGAGCGGGAUGGUUCAAAAGGACAACCCAGUAAUUAGAAUGGCUUUAUCGCUUCCCAGUGUGAGCUUGGCAAAUACUGAUGAGCACAGUGCAAAUGCAUGAAUAGGCUUGGACAUGGAUUGAAUCUCUCUUUUGUUUGCUAGGCCUGAGGAGACCCUUUUCCAAUAACAACAUUCCUGUCUAUCUGUGACCUGUGUCACCACACUUUUGUUAAGUUAUGGCCCAUAGUCGCAGAGAAGCAAGGAAAAAUAUUGUUUUUUUAGUGUUUCUCUUAAAUUUUAUGCCGGAAGAAAAAGGAUACAGAUCUGCAAUCAAUAGUGUUUUUGUCAAUGGAGCACUUUUAUAACUGUAUUUAAUGUUGAUUUGUACCACUCAAAUUUGUCUUAACACCUGUUGAAAAUUGUGUAACAUUAUUUGUACAGUCAGAUUAAAAAUGUGUUCCAUUUUCAUUUGAAAAAAAUGUAAAGCUUUAGAGUUUUGUUGUUGAUUGUAAUUUAUUUGCAGGGUAUUCUGUCCACCGCAAGAUGUUGUUAAUCAGCUAGCUGCCCUGUUACUCCAUAAUGUAUUCUUACGAACAUUUUUACAAAGAGAGCCUUGAAAAGAGAUUAUUUUGUAUUAUAAGAAGGAAGUAUGUUUAGAUAAAACUCCUUUUUUUCUCAGGAUUUUGGCAUAUUUUAAUCGUAGUUGUAUGUAUAUCGUAUGUAGUUCUGCAGUAUAGCACCACACACAUAGCAAUGUCAAAUGCGCGCAUGACUUCUUCUGUGAUUCAGAAAAUGGUAAAUCUUGCUGUAACUGCUGACAAUAAAACACCAGUUCCCUUUCAUAGAA